CCCUUUCCUGAGGAAGCUUGAUGUUUGCUAGAUGAGGCUUUGCUUUCACUUUCACUCCAGGAGAACUUGAGAAGAAAAGCUGACGAACCAGCUCCAAGAUGAGUUUUCCCAUUGCUGCUGCUUGGACCAAUAUUGAAGGCCUCAGUGAGGGAAAGAGGUUUUUAAUCCAAGGCUUUGUCCGACCGUACACGAAAAGAUUUGCAGUGAAUUUCCUGUGCGCCAAUGGCGACAUCGCCUUCCACUUCAAUCCGCGAUUUGAUACGCUAAAGCCAGUGGUCGUGUGCAACACGCAGAUGAAAAGUAAAAAACAGCUCUGGGAGUCCUGGAAGAGUGACGAAGUCUUCUGGGGGGAAGAGGAAAUUGCCCCCAGCAUGCCUUUCAAGCAGAACAGUUCUUUUGAGAUGACCGUCAAUCUUGAGAGUGGCUGCUAUCAGGUGUAUGUCAAUGGAAAUCGCUUUUUGGAGUACAAGCACCGUGUUCCCCUCAAAGAAAUCCAGACCUUGGAGGUCAAAGGGGAUGUCUCAGUGAACCGCUUUGAAUUUUCUGAGAUUAAAGCUCCACCCCCUUACAGCCCUCCUAAUUCUGGUGACACCACAUAUAACAAACAGGAAGAGAAGCGUGCCCCAGAAGCAAAGUCGACCAAAUAGUGAAGACCCAAGAUGAGCCUGCGCGAUCCUUUGGAAAACGGAAGCGCUGGCUGGUUGGGUAAAGGGAUGGGUGCUCUUUUCCUGACCUCACUGAGGAUAGAGUUCAGCUGUUAUGUGUGGAAUGAAGCAAAAUUAAGUAGUGUCAUAAAGACCAGUAGUUAGCAAAAUAUUUGCAUGUUUUCUAUAUACUGUACUUUGUUAUUGUUGGCUGUUGUGAGGGCAAUGGGAGAUUGCAAAACGGCAAGGCUUGGGGAAUAAACAUUGUAAACUCAAGGCCCUUCAACAGUCACCACCAAAGCUUUGUUACCAGCAGAUCCUGCUAGCCGUCCUCAAUACAUUUCCUGGAAAUCCUUUGUUAGGCAAAUGUUUGCAAACAAAUCCACAAUUUCCAUUGAUGUCUUUGGGAAUCGGUUAUCUCUGUCCCCUUCUGCCAUGGUUUGUUCCUAAAAUGGCUGCAGCCAACCAGCUAAAGGGAAGCAAAGCAAAAAACAGAUUUGUCCAAUCUCUCUUCCCACUCCCUUUCCCCACGGUUUCUGUCCGAAAAUGGCUGCCACUGACCAGCCAAGCACAAGUGAGGAAGUGGGCAAACUCUGGCUCUUUGGAUAUCUGAAUCUGUGGAGUGUAUAGCGAGGUUUGGGCAUGAUUAUUUAUGUUUGGAUAAGUGAACUGGCAGAUAGUGAGCAGGUGGACAGCAGGACUUACAUGUACUUUAUGCUGCUUGUGUUUAUGCUGGCUUUUAGGUUGCUUUUUUGUGCUGACUGGUAAUUCCAUUUUAAUAUUCUUCUGCUUUAAUUUGUCAUGUUAAUAACUUUGUUAACCACCCGCAAAGGUGGCAUAGAACCGAAACAAACAAGCUUGGAAAUUUGAAAUAUAUAAAUAAAAGUGCUAUAUAAAUAACAGAAAA